AUUGGCGGACAAGGCGGUUCACCAUUUGACUUCACUGGUAUCACAAAUGGAGCCACACUGAAGAAGAUUAGGGUGUGGGUGGGUGGCUGGCAGGUGAAAGCUUUGAAGGUUUGGCUUACUGAUGACCAGUCCAAGCAGUUUGGAAUUCCUGCUGGGGACUAUUCAGAAUUUACAUUUGAAGAUGGAGAGCAGAUUACCUCUCUGUCUCUGUGGGAUAAUGGAGCUGGAACACGUCUGGGUGCCAUCAAAUUCGGGACAAAUCGCCGCCGGGAGUUCUUCGCAUACAUGACAGAGUGGCCGCUGAAAAAAGAACACCAGGUUGAUACUGGAUCUGGGAUCUGCAUGGGAAUCAAAGGAGGAUCAGGUACAGACAUUGAUAGAUUAGGCUUCGUAUUCAUCAAUACCAUCAAGUCUACUGUGUUAACAAAGGUUCAGUACACUUUUCAUCAGCUGGUACCCAGUGUGGCUGUUGAGAAAAUUGGAUCCAUGACUUACCAGAAUACAUUCACUGCACCACAAGAAUACAAAACUAAAACCUCAAUGAAAAUCACCGAAAAGUUCUCCUGGUCUGUGCCUAACAAAAUGUCUUCAACCUUCAAGAUGAAAGUGCAUGCAGGAAUUCCAGAGGUUGUAGAAAAUAAAACUGGAUUCAGUUACAAACUAGGAAGUGAAAGCACAUAUGAUUUGGAGAACACAGAGGAGAAGACAGAGCUGAUAAAUUUUACUGUCAAUAUUCCUCCUGGGAAAACUGUGAAAGCAGACAUCACAAUUGGUCAGGCCCCAGUAGAUCUCCCCUAUACUGGCACAGUCAAAAUUACCUGCCUUGAUGACAGUGUUCUGGAGAUUCCAACCAGUGGAACCUACAAGGGCCUCACUUACACCAGUGCAAAGGCAGGUGUGAAAGAAUUACCAUAACUCUUGGCACAGUCAGAAUGUAUUCUGCUGUCUCUGGGGGGCUUUGGAUCAGAUCAAAUACGUUUCAGGGUUAGAAACACUUAAAUUUAAGCCCUGAAGAAGAAUACUCUUUAGUGGGACUUUUUUGCUGGAAAGAAUCAUAUUCUAUUAAUGUUGGUCUGUUACUUUGUGGGUAAAGAUUUAAAAAUAAAAUCUCUUAAGACACUGCAUUAUUUACCUAAAGACAUACAGUCUCCAAAACUACUUUCACUUUUAUUGCCUCAGAUUCUAAAUGUGAACUAUAUUAAAAUACAUUUACAAACCAUUAUACAUAUUAUGUCCAAAAGUCCACAGCCCUUCAACAAUUUAUUAACCAAAAUUAUGAGACGUAAAAAGUAGUCAUACUGAUGGAGUGGAAUCUUCACCGUUUGCUGCAGCAGAUAACUACUCACCCCACAGCUCACUGCUGUGAUCCCAGCAGGUCUGGUCAUGAUGGUUCCUGGUAGUGAAUGUAUGAACCAGAAGUGAGAGGAAGAUGCCCCAACAUCAGAAGGAGGAAGCCACAGUCUGCACCAAGAUCAUCUUUGGCAAGCAGCAUUGGCUUCGUCCUAAGACCCUAUUGAAAGCUCAUAGCCUGGCUCAGGACCUCAUAGUGUUUU